CAUUACUGUUUUUUAUACCCUCUGUUCUUUAUACCAUUACUGUUUUUUAUACCCUCUGUUCUUUAUACCAUUACUGUUUUUUAUACCCUCUGUUCUUUAUACCAUUACUGUUUUUAUACCCUCUGUUCUUUAUACCAUUACUGUUCCUUAUAUCAUAUUGUUCUUUAUAUCCGCUUCCUUUAUAACAUUACUGUUCUUUAUACUAUGGCUGUUUUUUUAUACCCCCUGUUCUUUAUUCCAUUACUGUUUUUUAUACCCUCUGUUCUUUAUACCAUUACUGUUUUUUAUACCCUCUGUUCUUUAUACCAUUACUGUUCCUUAUAUCAUAUUGUUCUUUAUAUCCGCUUCCUUUAUAACAUUACUGUUCUUUAUACCAUGGCUGUUUUUUUAUACCCCCUAUUCUUUAUUCCAUUACUGUUUUUUAUACCCUCUGUUCUUUAUACCAUUACUGUUUUUUAUACCCUCUGUUCUUUAUACCAUUACUGUUCCUUAUAUCAUAUUGUUCUUUAUAUCCGCUUCCUUUAUAACAUUACUGUUCUUUAUACCAUGGCUGUUUUUUUUAUACCCCCUGUUCUUUAUUCCAUUACUGUUUUUUAUACCCUCUGUUCUUUAUACCAUUACUGUUUUUUUUUA